CUUCGAGAGAAAAAAAAAAGUGGAAAAAAAAAUUGAGGUGAAAAAAAAUCGGUGAAUCCAAGGGAUUCGGGCGGAUUUUGACGAAGUUUCCGAACUGUCCCGGCUCGGAGGAGCCCUGGGGGUUGAAAGGGAAUCGUCAGCACCGAAAUAAUGGAAGAUUCCCAUUUCAACUCAUCAUACUUUUGGUCUCCCGUUCCAACAAUGCAAGGACAGAUUGAGAACGCCAUGUUUCUGAAUAAGAUGAAAGAACAGCUGGGGCCGGAGAAGAGUGGCUCUUUUCCACAUUCGUCUGCGGCACACUACCCUACGGCGGUGCUGACGGUGCCCAUGGAUGCAGGAGCUGUCGGGAGGGUGCCCAAACAAGAGGGUGGAGGAGGGGGCGGGGCAGGAGGUGGGGGAGUAGGAGUGCAAAUGGGCGGCAUCGGUGCACACCUGCACCCGCCUCACACGUCCCAAAACAUCACGGUGGUGCCCGUCCCGUCUACUGGCAUAAUGACUGCAGCGGGUUUGGUGAUCACGACUCCUCAGGGCACACUGGUCACUCCUCCUGCCUCCUCUCAGUCUUUUGUUUCGGGACCGCCCACUACGACCAUGAUUGUGUCCGCACUGCACUCAUCUAACACAGAAGAUGGCUGGCCCUCCUCCCUCUAUUUCCACAGUCACAACAAGAAAGAGGAUGGCAGUAUUCCACCAGCUGUAGUCAUGCCAGCACCCUCAAAGCGUGGCAGAAAGAAGAAAUCUAUGAUGCCAAGGGUUGGUCCUGUUUCAACCCACUCACUUGCCACAGGAAAUGAUCCACUGAUUCUUGCGCACCUGGCUGCUGGGGGACAGCAUAACACAAGUGACCCCUACGACCUCUCCAAUGAUGAGGAUGAUCAUCCAGGCAAAGAUGGGAACAAGACCUACAGAUGCCGGAUGUGUGCAGUGACUUUCUUCAGUAAAUCAGACAUGCAGAUUCACGCCAAGUCUCACACAGAGGCGAAACCGCAUAAAUGUCCGCACUGCUCUAAGUCCUUCGCCAACUCCAGCUAUCUGGCGCAGCACAUCCGCAUCCACAGCGGGGCCAAACCCUACACCUGCUCCUACUGCCAGAAAACCUUCAGACAGCUCAGCCACUUACAGCAGCAUACACGAAACCACACAGAGGGCAAACCACACAAGUGUCCUCACUGCUCCAAAACGUUUGCCAACUCCAGCUACCUGUCCCAGCACAUCCGCAUCCACAGCGGGGCCAAACCCUACACCUGCUCAUACUGCCAGAAAACCUUCAGGCAGCUCAGUCACUUACAGCAGCAUAACAGGAUCCAUACUGGUGAUAGGCCAUAUAAGUGUGUCCAUCCCGGCUGUGAGAAAGCUUUCACCCAACUUUCCAAUCUCCAGUCUCAUCGGAGACAGCACAACAAGGACAAGCCAUACAAAUGUCACAACUGUAAUCGCGGUUACACAGAUGCAACUAGCUUGGAGGUUCACUUGUCUACACAUACCGUGAAACAUGCGAAACUCUACUCCUGCGGCCUCUGCAACCGCGCAUACACAUCUGAGACAUACCUGAUGAAACACAUGCGAAAACACAACCCAGACCCUCUGGCGGUAGCAGCUGCGGUGGCUGCCCAGCAGGGCCAGAACCCGGCUCAGCCCUUGGGUGGAGGAACCGGCAGGGGUCGUGGGCGAGGUAGGGGUGCUGGAGCUGUGGCUACAGGUGCUGGAACAGCGUCUCAAGCACAGAACCAGCCCAAUCCCACCGCACCAACAAGUUAUCCUGUUACAGUGGGAAUGUCCUGCCCUUUCGACCUACAUCAGUACAAGACCGUUUCAGCUGGAGAGAUCCAGUACAAGCCGGUCAGCGUGGCCAACUUGGUGGCCCACAAAGACCUCUGCCUCACUGUUUCCACCUCGGCCAUCCAGGUGGAGCACAUGAACUCGUAGAGGAAUUAACUCCCAAGAGAAUGAGAGAGAGAAGGGUGAGAAGACAUGGACCAUGAAUUGGGAAUGAAAAUAAAAACACUGCCUUAGGACAAAAGAGGAAUUCGAAAUACAGACUGGCAGGUUUGCUGACGGAAAUAAAAGGAAAGAUGAAGAUGGGCUUGCGGGAGCAGCUGCAAAUGAGCUGUACAAAUGGUCUUGAGACUUGCUCUGCAGUGUCACAGAAAAGGCUUUAAACUGUCAUGACAGCUUAAUGAGCCCAUAUUAUGCUAAUUUACAGGUUCAUGAUUUUAUAUUGGGGAUCUACUAGAAUAGGUUUACAUGCUUUAAUGUUCAAAAAACAAAUUAUUUUUCUCAUACUGUACAUUGCUGCAACACCUAUUUUCAUCCUCUGCUCAAACGCUCUGAUUUAGCUCCUGUCUCUUUAAAGCCCCCCUUUCAGAAAAGCCCAGUCUGCUCUGAUUGGUCAGCUGGCCCAGUCUGAUUGGUGAUUGGUCAACCGUGUGUCAGAAAUGUAAUGUCCCUUAACGUAACUGAGAUUCAGGCUUCCUUAACAGCUGUAAACACUAUUGUAACUAUGGUAACAGUGGCGUUGGUUUUUGCCGUACCAGUUUGAGUCCGAUAAUGAAAGUUUGGAAGAACAAGCUGAUCGACCCGAACCACCUUCGCAAGCAUGACUUGAGCAGGACAUUUCACAGUGGUAAGUUUUAAUUUUGUUGCUUUCUUAUAAGUACACUGAUGAUUAUUGUGAACCUAACAAAGCUUCAAGUAAAAGACACAUAGUGCAUCUAAGUUAGUCAUCUUUUGCUGGAAUGGGCGUAGCCGAACUUUUUUUUGCCUGAGCUAUGAACGGAGAACAGAGGCUUACUCCCGGUUAGUGAGCAAGUUAGCUGUGGACUACCGUGGAUAGCGGCCAUAACAUUACAGCUUGUAAUUAUAUAAUUAUAUAAGAGUCUUGAGAUCGACCAUUUUGUUAAACAGUUUUAGGUAAAUGCUGGCCCACAGCUGAAUAGUAAACCCUUACCAAAACAAUAACAUUACAUAGCAAGUUAGCCGAGCACUACUGUGGACUGCAGACAUAAAAUGACCGUUUGUAAAAAUAAAUCCAUCUCCACACUUGAUUACUAUUCAUGAUAGUAAGAACGACAAACAAUCUGCAUAAUUCUACACAAUUGUAGGUAAAAGUGGGGCUGCAGCUGAUUAGCAAAACUAUUUCAACACAAUAACAUUAGCUAGCAGAUUAGCAGAGGCCUACAGCUGUGCACUGGGUGUACACCGUAGCUACAACACAAAACUGCGCUUUUGAAUUCUCAGUAGCAGAUAAAUCCACAAAUAAUCAAGCAUACUUACAGGUUGUGAUCCUGAAGCGCCAGAUUGUCCCAACAAAGUGGGAAUUGCACCAUCUUUCAGGAGUAACCGUCUUGAAAAUCCAGCAUUGGUUGUGAUUGUACUGCUGAGGAAUAGUGGUAAAAAUAAAUUGUAACCACUGAUUCUUCAAUUCGUCUGCCUUUGGAAGUCCAAACAAAGAGGUUUUGCUUUCGCAGUUAAGAAAACAGCAUCUUCUCGACAUGGCGACAACACUAACCAAACUCAUCCUGGCGGUCGGGCCAAAGUAGCCCUUAGGCGGGCAUUAUGCAAAUGUGUUACAAAGUGGUGUAGAUACUUUACGGAAGAAAUGGUUGGACUACGAACCAGCCGUUUCAUGUAGUACUUGAGCAGUGUUGUCUGUGGGAGAGAAUAACUCCCUUUUGCAUGGACUUUGUGCUUUGUAACUUUGCAGACCUUUUACAUGCACAAACAGCUAUAUUACACACUAAAGGAAAGGUAAAAUUCCAAAAAGCAUAAUAGGGCCUCCUUAAUACCCUUAUUGAUCAUUUAUACACUAUCAAUGUCCAGCCCUGAUUUUUAUUUUGCCCUUUUGCCACUGUUGAGGGCUGUAAGCAAGAACCGUGGAUUAACACAAUAACAGUGAAAUUAUUUUUAACUUAUGGUUCCCAUUUACUCCUUUUCCACCAAACCGGUGCUGGUGUUAGAGCCGGUGCUCUGCCAGGCAAUCUGCAAAGCUCUCUCAGAACCAGAUUGCAUUUCCACCAAGAGCAGAACAAUGACGUAACCGACAAUGCUACUACAUAACCUGCCCACAAACAAACAUUGUCAAGGCCUUUGUUUGAGUCUUACUCAUAGUUUUGAGAACAAAUUUUAACAUCCAAAGUCAUUUAAUUCAGCAUCUUUAUGCUAUUUCAGGCUGGUUUGAUGUUUCAGUUAUAUGUCAAAUGUAUAAUGAAUAGAAUUCAAAAUAAUCAAUUAGGGAUGUGCUGAUACAAUCUCAUGUAGCCAUACUUUUGCUCAUGAUAUCGUAUCAUACUUUAGAUCCCUGAAUUGUUAGUUUUGUUGAUUUAUUUGUGUAGUCAUAUAAUGUGCAACAUUUCACUAUUGAAGAAGCAGGUCGUCUAAAUAACUCUUGAGAUGCGGCAUUUCUCCAUGUGGUUUGAGUCGCUUCUGUGAAGCGAAAGAGAACUGAACCCACAUUAUUCACUUCUACACUCGCAGACACUAUGGGCAUCUGUCACACUUUUGGCACAGUUUCAAUUGUGAUACAAUUAUUAGAGGUAGACCGAUAUAUAUCGGUUUUACCGAUUAAUCGGUAUCGAUAGAUGCUUUUUGGAACUAUCGUUAUCGGCAAAAAUCUAUGCCGAUAGUUGCCGAUAGUUUUUUCAUAAUUUCUUCAUUUCAAAAUAAGAGUUUUCGGUGUAUUUCGGGCUUGUUUAUACUUAAAAGUCCUGCGUUAUGCACCAAAUCUUAAAAACAUUUCUGGUUAUUUUGGGGAUUUGUGUUGAACAAUAAACUGCAUCUGAGAUUUUAUUCAUUUAGGACUCUUUUUCUGUGCCCGUCAUAGUGAGGAAAGAAUAAGAUUUAUUUUUUCUUUUCUUUUUUACAUUCUAAAAAUCGAUUUUAAAAACUAUCGGCCAAUUAAUCAGUUAUCACCCUUUCCCACACCUUAGUUAUCAUUAUUGGUAAAAUCCACUAUUAGUCGACCACUAAUAAUUAUGAUAUUGUGAUAUAUUAAUAUAUAUUGAAUUGUGAGAUAUUUAUUGCAAUAUGUAUCCACACAUACAUGUGGAGGUGGUUGGUGAUAACCAGCCCCUUUUGUUAUUUUUUGCAUCUUUAUUUAUUUAUUUAUUUUCAUUAGCCUAGUUCCAACCCUAUGAAACACCUUUUCUUUGGUGGAAAUGCAUGGAAAGGGACCAGAUUGGACACAGGCUCCAGCACCAUGUUGGUGGAAAAGGGGUUAAGCUAUAGACUAAGCUAUUAACUUAGAGUUAAUUUUGUUUCUGGGACUGUGCAAGAAUUAAUGACAGAGGACGCCUUUUUAAACAGGUAAUUAAGGUUACAAUUAAGGUUACUUUCCAGUUAAUGGAGUAGCACAUUCUUUUUUAAGUUGUGCAAACUUAUUCCACUUAUUUAUGUCGCAUACAGACUGGGCACAUUUAGACUGCAGAUUUUCCGCCUUCAUCCUGUUUACAAAAUUGCUACUAGUUUAUGUUUACUGGAGUAUUCCAGAGCCUCAAAAGGUACACGCAUACCUGCAUUGCGUUGUAGCAUUUUGCCAGUAUGAGUCACGAUUUUCCAUUUUUAUAGUUGUGACAAACGUAAACGCUUUCUAGUUGACCUUUUUUCAAACCGCACCGCACCUACAAGCUGUUAUGAUGUUUUAAUGCCUUGAUGACACUGCUUUGCUAGCCUCCUGAUUGACAUUUUAAGUAAAAGUGCAACUGGUUUGUCACUACCGGCCAAGACCUGUUGGAAAGUAGAAAGAGGUGGUUAAGUUAAAGACUGCACUAAAGGGGAUGAUAAAACAAUGCUAAAGGUUAUAUGGGAUAUGGCACUUAAAUGAACUUUUUUUAUUAAUUGUUUCUGUUUUUCAUAAUUUACAUUUUAGCCUUUUAUCACACAUAUGUAUUUUCUAUUGUUCUUGUGUUUGAAUGUACUGUGUGUGUGUGUGUGUGUGUUUGAAGGGUUGAUUAAAAGAGCAUGUAAGAGAACAUUUAAAGAAAGAGAUGAAUGUGUGGAAACAUCUAUAAAGUUGUCUUUUUUUUUUUUUUUA